AUGACACCUCUUAAGUCUCUCGGACCAAAUAGUUUUCCUCCCACAUUCUAUCAACGCUAUUGGGAUCUAGUGGAAGUGGACAUCUGUAAGUUCGUUCAAGAGUUUUUUAUUAGUGGUAUUAUGCUUCGUAAUUACAAUGCUACUAUGCUUUGUCUUAUCCCUAAAACUGAUCAACUGGAAACAGUUGAUAACUUUCGGCCGAUUAGUUUUUGUAAUGUAGCCAUCAAGAUUGCCACAAAAGUUAUUGUUUCCCAUUUGAAAGAUGUUUUGGAUGCAGUCAUAUCUCCAACUCAGUCAACCUUCGUUCCGGAGAGGCGUAUUUUGGAUAACAUUCUUCUUGCUCAUGAAGCCUUCCAUUAUAUCAAAAACAAAAAGAAGGGUAAGAAGAAACUCAUUGCUUUCAAAUUGGAUAUGAAAAAGGCCUAUGACCAACUAGAAUGGAACUUUAUAGAGAAAGUUCUUCUCCAGCUAGGUUUCUAUGUGAAAUGGGUGAAUAUGAUUAUGUGA